CUCUCCAUUUUCCUCACAACCAACACAAAGCAAAACCCUACUUCAAACAAGCAUCAUAUCUCUUACAACUCCUAUAAAAUGGAUAGAGUGAGCAAAAUGGUGUCGGAGAAGCCGGUGGUGAUCUUCAGCAAGAGCUCUUGCUGCAUGAGCCACACUAUAAGGUCUCUCUUUUCCGAUUUUGGGGUGAACCCGAUGGUGUACGAGCUCGAUGAGAUCCCUAGGGGCCGGGAGGUGGAGCAGGCGCUUUCACGCCUUGGCUGCAACCCCACCGUGCCAGCGGUGUUCAUAGGUGGAGAAUUUGUCGGCGGAGCCAAUGAGAUCAUGAGCCUCCAUCUCAAGAGGUCACUGAAGCCCAUGCUCAAGGGGGCCGGGGCCCUCUGGGUCUGACGCUAUCCCAACUUAUUAUUUUCAUAUAAAAUAACAAUUCGACAAAAAUUUGGGUGCGCGCAUUCCACCCUCCCCAUCCUCCAUUGUCGCCGCCUCCCCUUCUCUCUCCUCUUCUGCAAACGGUAGGAGCUCGUCGUGUACGCAUAUAAGCGUAGGAUAGCUCCUCUAACAACUAAUGCAUUUAUUUGCAUUAAUAACAAUUAAUGCAUUUAUUUGCAUUUUUUUAUCCUCUUUUUUUUGUGUUGAGAUAGAGAGAGGUGUUUUUUGGCUAGCUCUUGAGUUUGCUAACCGUGUCACUAUAGCUUAAUUAGUGAAUAAUUUGUAUGAAUCACUUUUUUUUUAAGUAAGGCUGCAUGUGUACUUACGUUUACUAAUUAAUAUGGUUGUUAAAUAAUACUACUAUGAAUUUUAUA